UGACGGGUGACGGCUCACGAGGGGACCGUGACGAGGGGUUUUGUCCCUGCAAGUGUCGCCAGGGACCCCUCGCCCAGCCCCGUCUCUGUACAACCGCAGGGAAGGGGGUGUCAGGUCUUGCUGUGACUUGAGAACGUGCGGGGUUUAACGGCUUAAUUCCUGCUCCGCAGUAUACCAAAAAAGCAUGCCUUCGUGGGAGCGAAGUUUCCGACUUAUUUUCCAGGAUUCUCUGUGUUUAAUUUUAAAAUGCAGGAAACCAAGUGUAAAAGACGUUAGCGUCUUAAACUUCGCCAAGUUAGGCUUUACUAAUGCUAACUAAUAUUUAUUGCAAUGUUUAUUAUAGCAAAGCAAUGACAGUGUGAUCGAGGUUCACAUAUUUGAUGCUAAUGUGAAGUUUGUCAUAGGGUAAAAGCACAGCGUCAUAGUUCCUUACUCCUGAAACAUCUGUGGUGAGGUGACAGGGAGCUGUCAUUACAGGAGAGCAAAGAAUGACUCAGUGUUUGGUUCUCAAAAUCCAUCACUAACAAUGCACAGACAAUCAAAGGUUGUAAACGUUACCCUGAAAGUUAAAGGUAAUGAGAGUAGAAACACUGAAGAGAAGGAAGAGACCUCUUUCUCUGAUCUGUCAAAGGACCAGAAGAUUUGCAAAGUGACUGAAUCAAAAGCCACAAUGGCGUCUGAGAAGGAGAAUUUAAGCGAUGGGAGCCAAAUGCAGUUGCAAAAACUCACCCUGAAAUACUCCAAAGUCCUAGAGAAGGAAUCAUACCACAGCAGAAAGGAUGCUAGCUGUCCGCUUGCUGAAUGCUCUUUUGAUACACUAAAAGGGGAUGUGGUUGGUGAACCUUCCUGGCCUUUGAACAGUAAGGAGAAAUUUUCAAGAAGUGGACCUGGUUCACUGGGGGAUGAAUGCUGCUUGCCACCCAACAGGGACAAAGCGGAAGAAAAAUCCUGUUGUGGGAUAGUGGAGAAACAGAGGAGAAAAAUUGUUGACUUUGCAACUGUAACAACUGCUGAAUUUGGGAUUACUCAAGAAAGUUUUACUAGUCCAUCUAUAGGGAAGUCUCCAAAUGCAUUAAAGUUAAGACGAAGAUCAGCGAUUGGAGUACGAGGGUCACCAGAAAAUAAUGCCCUUAUUCAGUACCUUGCCCAGCAGAGAAGCAAUAGGCAAAAAGAAACUUUUACACAGCACGCUAGUCCUUUUAAACUUGCCAAGUCAUCGAAGAACAAAAUCAAUGUCUUUCAAACACCUUUGAAAUCAGUGCAAGAAGCUGAAGGGCAGAUGGACUUCUCUGGACUCUCACAAGCGUCUGGUGCUUCUCAGGAAGCAGACUGUGCUCAGAACAAAGUACCAUUCACAAAAAAGUGCAGUUUGGAUCAGCAGAGUGAAAAGUCUGUGUCUGACUACAGUGGAGCUGAUCUGAAAGAAAAUUUAAAACAGAACUUGACCUGUGGCAAUAAGUCUGAUUCCAAGAUGUGCACCGUCUUGUCCUCACACCAGGAUGUGACUGUCACCGAAACUGCUCUUUCUAAGGAAUGGGCUUAUAAGCAACACAACCCUAUUGAGUAUUCGGAUGCAAUUCUAAUAAGAGAUAUCUUAGAAACGAGCCAUGAUUUCAGUCCCGACCAUAUCAGUAAAGAAGUCAGAAGUAAUGUCAUAUCAGACCUACACAGAAAGAAAGUUAAUUUUGCAGAAUUGAGGCUGGAAAUCCAUGAUGAAAGCAAGCCACCUGUCACACCACUGCGAAUGGGAAGUGCUUCAUUAAAUGAACAUACACAGAGUGGCUCCCAGCUGCGAUCUGUACUGAAGAAAACGCCAACGAAAGAACUGACGGAUUCCGUUAAGGAAUACUCAACUGAUACUGUUGGCAGUGGAGGAAGAGAAUCUCUUACAGGCUCUGAAGUAAAAAUCUGUGAAGCAUUGCAAACAGAGAAAACUGAACAAUACAGCUCCAAAAAGCCAAAGAAGAAAAAAGUUACUUUUGGAGAAGAUCUCAGCCCAGAAAUAUUUGAUAAAACUUUGCCUGCAAAUACUCCCUUGCGCAAAGGAGCGACACCAGUCCGUCAUCCAGGAUCACAAAGCAAUAGCCCUUUUACCAGGUCAGGACUCCUUGAGGAGCCAUUAUCCCAGCCAAACUUUGAUUGCGAUGACCAGUGCGUUGAGCCUCUUGAAGAGUUACGAGAGGAUUCUGUUGCUGCAGAAGACAUCUCACCUGUUGAAAACACCACAGAGGUCACUGCUGUAGCUGCAGAGUCCGCCUAUUGUUUAGUAAAAGAAUCUGACAAAUCUUACACAAUAGCAACUCGUUCCUCUACUAAAAGGAAGUCUAGCACCCAUUCAGAUGGGGUUGAUCUUAGUACCCCAAGAGCCACGAGUACUAAGAAUGUUAAAGAUACCAAAAAUCCAAGGAAAAACAAGCUUCAAAGACCAAAGAAUAUUACCACAUCUGCUGCCAAAAAGACACAAAGAACAAAACAUACAAGCUCUGGGAAAAGAAGAAAGAGAAAAGUUAAAAAAUCCUUGUAUGGGGAAAGAGAAAUGGCUUCUAAGAAGCCUCUUCUGAGCCCUAUCCCUGAGAUUCCAGAAGUUCUCUCUUCUGCCUCAUCUCCAAGCUCACCAAAGGCAAAUGCACUUCCAGAGGAUGCAUUUUUAGAUUCGAAAUCCAGGAAUGGUCAAAAGGAUGUUCAAUGGAAGCAAGCAAUAGAAGGAAUGAGAGGGGAAAACAUCCCUGCUGUUCACGUGUGUCCAAUCUCUGAGGACCUGGACGUUGUAGAAAGCAGGAGCCCUGACAUUACGGUGUUUCAGGUGUCAGAUGGUGACCUGAAGUCGGUUUCUGGUCCUGAUCAUAAGUUUCCAAGCAUUGUACCAGACCCAAACUAUGUUUCUGACACACAUGACUGUUUCCAGCAAGCUGAAGAGACUGAGUGUUUAAAAGAGGAAAAAGGAAGUGACUUCUUGAUAGAAAACGAGAAAUUACAGGGAAAUUUCCCAAACAAGGAAGAUUGGCUAACAGGGCUAGAAUUUCCAGAACAGGACACUGGUAUACAUGAGAUUCUCCAAAACACUGGCCGUCCACCAAAAAGAUCUUCAAGAGCUAGACCAAGAAGAAGAAGCAGUACUGUCUAUAUUCCUCCUGUUGAAAAGUUCAAUUUUGAAACAAUUGGAAAUGACCUUCCACUUUCUUUUAAUGUGGAAGAAGUCUUAUCUGCUCCUCAGCUGAAAAAUAACUCCUCAGAAGGGCCUUUUAGAAGGAAAAAGGGUAGCAGCAGUGAAACAAGCAGGGUGAGACGCAGCAUGAGGCUACAAAAAGAUGCAGAAACAGAAGGACUGGCGUGGAUUCCAGUGCCCGAUGAGAUUCUAAAGAACCCUCCUCUGGUAGCUUCUGGUUGCAAAACCAGGAGAACGAUAAGCACAUCGGUCCUUAUGGAAUCUGAGAAUAUUCACCACAGAGAAGAAAACCUCAUCCAGUUUGCAGCGCCAGGGAAGGAGAACAGUGACCCUGUUAAUCUGGCUGAUGGUCCUUGCAGGAGAUGGAGGAGGAAGAGCAUGUGUGUAUCAACGCCUCAAGAAACAAGAACUUGGUCUCAAACCCGGAAAAGGAGCAUAGCAAAUUCUGUAUAUAGCAAGGACAGAAGGAACCAAAGACACUCUGAAGAAGCAGAGAUACCUGUUGAAAAUCAGGCUAACACUUAGUAAGGUUUCAGCUACCUCCCAUUUUCUAAGUGAAGACAUCAUCAGUUUUUCCCAAGACAAGAACUCCUAAGUCAUCUUGAAAGGAACUUCACUAAUUAAAGACUGUUCAUCUUGUACUGCUAUAGAAAUAUUAUGGAAUUUAUCAAAACAGUCUCCUUGAGGUUUUAUUUUGGCCUUUGUGUUUGUGUCACAAUGAAAAUUUUAGGUUUGGAAACAGGGUGGCAACAAACAGGUACUUGGGUUAAAUUUUGUCGUGAUAGCAGUAUGUUGGCUUGCCAGGAGAGGGCAGUCUGACAUGAGUUUUUGUGGUCAUAACUGAAUUAUUUUGAAAAUGUACAAAAUCUUUGAACAGAUGCUAGCUCAGAUUAUAAUCUAAAUUUAUUUGAGAUGAAAACUGCCUAAUAAUAGCUGCUACUUCUAACAUUCAAAAAGAAAAUCAGAACAGCAAGUGCACUAAGUACCAAAAUUUAUACUAGAGAGGUGAAAUGCUUAUGCACCAUAUUCAGAUAGGACUUCCUAUGUGGAAAUCACAUAGCACUCUUAAACACAGCAGAGCUCUGCAGUUGCUGCAGAGAUGUUAGGGUUUACCUGUUACAUCACAUCAAGCAGUGAGGGAAACCUCUUGAGACUGUGGGUGUCAGAUCCUGAGUACCAGCCGCAAAUGGUCAGGUCAAGUACAGAGACGUCCUGGAGGAAGGAGGCAAUAAACUAGCAUAUGUGACACAAGAGGGCUGAAUCUCCGAAGUGCUGCCUAGAACCUGCUUUUUGUGGUGCUGCUGUCCUAUGCAUCGGUCACAGCAGCAGUGGAAGUGUGUUUUCCCUCGAGGUUCCUUGAGUGGAUGUGUUAAGUGCACUUUAGAUGUGGAGUGAAGCGUAAGUAAAAUCAGAAAUAGAUGAGCAAGGCUAAGGGGAAGGAAAACCAAAGCUUGCAUUUGCCUCCUGGCACAACUUGGUUGAAAAGGGUUGAAUUGCGUAUAGAUGCUCGAUGGCAGUUUGCAUGGCUUGUGUGAGGGUGAGGUUGGAACCUGAAGAGAAAUAAAGGUUGCAGUAACUGGGUUUAAUCUGGAGAGGGCUUGAGAGGAGACAAGGCUUCAAUUAUGCAGAAUCUUAUUGUAGGAGGAGGUUAAUGAUCAGUUCUCCGUAUCUGUACUGGAGGGGACGAUAAACAAUGUUUUUAAAUUAGAAAAAAAUAUCUUUUUAAGCAGUAAGAAGCAGCUCCAGCACCAGAGAUGGCUGAGCAUAAGAAUACAUUGCCUUGGGAAGUUGUGAAAUCUCCAUCACUGGAGGCUUUUAAGAAUAGAUUAAACGCCUGUCAGGAAUAUGUGCUGUGACUUCUUCCUCUGAGGAAGAGCAUCUCUCUUGACUCCUGGAAUAGUGUAACCAGCAAUUUGAUGGCCGUGCUGCUCUGCAGGAAGGGUGACCAGCAGAGUGACCAGCACUGUUCCCUUUCCAGUUUUGCUUUUCCAAAACUGAGUUUCCAUAAACCUUUGAAUGACAGCAACUUCACUAUCUGCAUUCAGUGAACAGAAGUACUUUGAGUUGGUCUCUUGUCUUUGUUGCUGGGUGAGGGUAUAGGAAUGAAAAUUCAGGUAUAUGUGCAGACAAGUCCCGAGGUUCAAGAGAUCUUGAGUUUGUAGUUGUAGUUUUCAGCUGGUAAUUGCAGCACUACCUGGAGCAGACUUCAGUGGUGUUCUGUCAGGCUAAUUAGUCACUAAUACCACCGGUAGUUUUACUUGUGACGGGGUCGUUGGACAGGAACACCCCAAAUCAGCAUUGUACAACUGAGCUGUGUUUUAGUUUCAUCAGUGAAGCAUCCCUACACAGUAUGUUAGAUUAGGGACUAUGCAGUGUCCCAUUUUGAAGGCUAGCCUUUGGAGCCUUCAGUUUAAGUCACCAUUUCAACUAUUUUUAACUAAGUUCUGUGUCAAGUUUGUGUAUUUUAAUUAAGAAAUUUGUGGUAUGGGACAGUUUUUUACCUCUCAUUCACUUUCACUACUAUUCUAAGGCGAAGCUUUUCUCUCUUUAGAGGGUUAUUAUAAAGACAAGCUUGGGUAUUCAGUAAUGUUAAAUUUUGUAUUGUGUAGAUGUGAAAUGGCUUCAAGCAUGGUGGCAAUAGCUAGUGGUAAGCGUUUAUUGCCAAAUAAUUGCAUUUAGCAGGCUGCCAUGAUCAUGCUCCAGCUGACAGAGGACAAGCGGUGAGUCCUAGACAGACCGAUCACUUUGCCAUUCUGUUGUAAUUAUGAUGUAACUAGUAAGUAAGAGUAAUAUAUUACAAAUAUAUUGCUUUGUUUGUGCUUUCCCAUGAAGUGCACUCUUAAUGUAUUCUUGGAUAUUCAGGCAGCUGAAUAUGUGGAAGCAAGGAGUACAUCACAGUUGGGAUGGUCUUCCCGUAGACUUGCAUUAUAUUACUCAGCUGAGAAUACAAAGACCAGCAAUACUUCAUGUGCUGUCUUCAGAAAGUGUUACAGGGACAGAUUAGGGUCUCUCUUACUAUUUUCCAGCAAUUAUUUUAUGCCAGUGUUUUGCUAUAGUGAAGAUGCUCACUGAUUACAGAAGUGGAGGCUGUAUGACCAAAUUUUCUCCCAUGUGAUUUAAGAGAGUUCAAACAACUUUCUCAACCUGGCACUCACUAUAAGCAGGGGAAAGAAAAUAAGGAGAAUAGUAUGUGCUAUUUUUAUCAUUUGCUGAUAAGCUCUAUUUUAAAAUAAUUGUAAAUAAACCUUCAUAUCUUCAGCUUUUUUUCUUUACUUGCUACUGAUUAAAUUGGCAAUUGAAGGG